AACAGGCCGGGAGAGGCCGGAAGGGCCUGAAGACUCGGCACUGCCCUCAGGUCCUGACCCAGACCGGACACACCGCUUCGGAAGAGGUAGAACUGACCCCGAACCUGACAGACGACAACCAAGCAGAAACGUGGGGACCCUGAAAGCCGUGUCAGCCUCGAAUGAGUCUGCAGAUGUUAAAAGAUGAAAACAUCAGUGGUGACAAGACUACAGAGAACCGCGACUUCCUGUUUUCACCACCAGAACUAACCGGAAGAUCAUCUGCCUUUCGUCUGUCACAGAAAGAAAAUGUGCCACCCAAAAGCAUAGCCAAAGCGAUGAAGGUAACUUUUCAGACACCUUUGCGGGAUCCACAGACUCACAGGAUCUUAAGUCCUAGUGUGACCAGCAAGCCUGAGAUUCCUUUUACUGUGGAUGACACAGCCGGGUUGGAAAACUUCCAUCCCAUCUGGACACAGAAAGACAGCCAACAGUUAACCAGGGAAGUGGAUACCAAGGCUGCAGACGGAACUCUCCAGAAGCCAGCCACAGCCAACGCAGCCCCAGCCCCAGGUUCUGGGAGACCAGCAGGAGACAGCAGCACCAACGGCCCUGGCUUUGUGCUUCUUGGCGACGUGGACUCUUCAAGCUCUCCACAGGCUCCAGGAAGUUGUAAGAGCCCACCACUGCCUCCAGGACAGAUGCCUGGCAGCCCCAAGGAAGCCUUGGAGGAAAAUGCUAGUUUUUACUCAUUAGAUAAAAACAUUACGUUCGAUCCUGAAAACCUGGAAGACUUUGCCGGGACGGCAGCCUUGGACAAGAUGGAGGGUACUCACGAAGCCACCAAGGAACUCUUGGACAGUGGAGUCUCUGCUGCCCUGACUGAGGCUGCCUCGCCGCCUACUAGGAGCCCUGAGGGACCAUGUGGAGAAGUUCCCCUCGCAGACCUGACUGGCGUGGCCCCAGCCUGCUCCAAGGACACAUGCGCCCCCCAAGAGGAUGAGCAGAAGCUGCUGGCCAGCACCAUGGGUGAUGCAGAGGCUUCUGGAGCUCCCGUGCCCCUAGACGAGGCCCAGGCCCUGGCCCCUGCACAUGCCUCAGGUCUUGUGGACACAGCACCAGCCAGCCCUUCGAGAGCAGAAAGGGCUGUGACCCUGAGUCCUCAGAAAGAAGAGGGCCCUAGGCAAAUGGCUGACUCUGCAAAGAGCGAGCCUAUCAAGCUGGAGUUUGACUUCUCUGACAAUGUUGCCAGCAAAAGGGCACCUCCCCCAAGGAAGCUGGGAAAGAGGCCUGGCAUCAAGCCCCCCUCCAAGAGCCGGGAGGCACGACAGGCUCCCACGGAGACAGGCAAGCGCUCUGUCUCUGCAGCCCGGGGGUCAUACAACCUGGACUGGGACAAGCUUGAUGACCCAAACUUCAAUCCAUUUGGAAAUGGCUCCAGUUGUGGUGGUGGAGAGGCCCAGCCCCUAGAAAGACCCGAGGCCAGGCCUACCUGUUCCGUGGCUGAGCCACUGAGCGCUGAGGCCUCACCUCCAAGUCAACAGGUGGGUUCAGCCUUGCCUGACGGCAGCCCUGAGGUCCAGGUCCCUGCGGAGGCUCCAGGAGCAGCGGUGGACAAGGAAGGAAAAAGUUGUUCUUUAGAUGCUUCGGUCCCCACAGUCAGCCUGGGCAGUGAGCCGACAACCACACCUGCCGAGCCGACAACCACACCUGCCGAGCCAACACCCUCUCUGGACCUCACCAAAGAGAGCUUCAGAGACCCAGCUGAAGUUCUAGGCACAGGAGCCGAGGUGGACUAUCUGGAGCAGUUUGGAGCUUCCUCGUUUAAGGAGUCCGCCUUGAGGAAACAGUCCUUAUACCUCAAAUUUGACCCUCUCCUGAAAGACAGCCCCAACAGACUAGUUCCUGUGGCCACGCAGACCAGCAGAGAAGCAGCCCAGGCAGCUGCAGCCCCCGCUCCUCUGUCUCUAAGCACUCAGGCUGCAGGCACCCCUUCCUCCGGAAGUCUGUCAGAAGCGAGGCUGGUGGAGUUUGACUUCUUGGGGUCUCUGGAUGUUCCUGUACCGAGCCCUCCCGCAUGUGUCCUGGGACCCGGGGGCCCACCCCUACAAGUGGGCCCCAUCGUGGACGUGCUGCGGUACAGCCAGCAGGACCUGGAUGCUGCGGUGAAGACCCUGCAGAUGGAGAAUCUGGAGCUGAAGAGCAGGUGUGAGGAGCUCUAUGCCAAGAACCAGGAGAUGGGGAAGAUCAUGGAUGAGUUUGAAGGGAUUGCACGCCAGGUGACAGAGGAGGCUAAGAAAGAGAAGGAGCUUGCCGAAGCCAAGAUCCAGAAGGUUCUGAAAGAACGAGAUCAGCUUACCACAGACCUGAACUCCAUGGAAAAGUCUUUCUCUGACCUCUUCAAGCGGCUUGAGAAGCAGAAGGAGGUGAUUGAAGGCUACCACAAGAAUGAAGAGUCACUGAAGAAGUGCGUUGAGGAUUACAUACUGAGAAUUGAGAAGGAAAGCCAAAGAUACCAAGCACUGAAGGCCCACGCUGAAGAGAAGCUCACCCUAGCGAAUGAGGAGAUCACCCAGGUCCGUAGCAAGGCCCAGGCGGAGGCGCUGGCCUUCCAGGCAAGCCUGAGGAAGGAGCAGAUGCGUGUCCACUCACUGGAGAAGACCAUCGAGCAGAAGACUAAAGAAAACGAAGAACUGACCAGAAUCUGUGAUGACCUGAUUUCAAAGAUGGAAAAGAUCUGAUGUGAAAUCACUCGUCAGUGGCCCUCUCUCCUUCCUUCUGUCCAUGUGUUUGUCUGUCCAUCCAUUUUUGUGUCUCCAAACAGGUCUUGUGUAUUUCCUUUUCUCUCACUUUAAACUUUUUAAACUAGAUUGCUUUUACAUGAAGACUAAAUAAAAUUUCCCUUAGGUUUAAGCUCUGAAGUUGCAUAUCUCCGGUCUUGAUUACAGUAAAGGUGCCCUGGCUUCGGGCUGAACCAGCCCACAGCUGCUGCCACCCACCCUGCCCCAGCCUUCCCACACUUCUGUCCCACAUGGGCUUUCCACACCUGUAGCUCCUCAUGGGCACACUUCAACCCACAAGGGUUAGUGCCACCUGCAGGCACGUUCUGUGGGGCAUGCAGCCCAGCUGAAGGAGCAGGGACAAGAGGGACAAGCCCUGAAUGGACCGUGUCCUGCCCGCUCAGCCCUGGCUUCUAAGACCAUCCACAUGGCACUGGGGUCGGGGGAAGUGUGUCUCCACCUCACAACCACAGGUGAAAAUCUAAUGUAAGCAAAACUAUCAACUGCUGAGGUGUAGUGGUCAGCUUUAUGUGUCAACUUGGCUAGGCCAUAGUGUACCCAGUCAUUUAACCAAACACUAAUCUUGGUGUUGCUAUGGAAGUAUUUUGUAAAAGUGGUUAACGUCUACCAUCAGCUGACUUUAAGUAAAGAAGAUUUAUCCUAGACAACCCGAGUGGACUUCAUCCAAUCCAUUGGAGGCCCUAAGAGCAGAACUGAGGAUUUCCUGAGGAAGAAGAAAUUCUGCCUUAAGUUUGUGUAUGUAAUUGCCUUACUGGUUCUGUUUUUCUGGAGAACUCAUAAAAUUUUGGUUUUGAGAUUCUAGAGGAAUAGAGUCUUAAGAACAGUUUUCCAAUUGGUUCUGGGAUUUCUGGAGUUGGUUCUCUAAUCUGGUAAAAUUGAAAGCCACUAAUGAAAGCCACUAAUGACUAUUUCCUGUACUAAAGAAGGCACUGAUAGUCCAUGGUGUGAUGUGGCAAUAGAGAUAAGAAAAACAUAACCGUUGGACAUUCCUAAUCAAAUACAUAAGGAACCCUGGUGUCACAGUGGUUAAGCAUUGGCUGCUAACCAAAAGGUUAGGGCUUCGGAGGCAUCCAGCGGCUCAGUAUAAGAAAGACCUGAUGACCUGCUCCUGUGAAGGUUUAUUGCCUAGAAAACCCCGUAGGGCAGGUCGUCACACAGGGUCGCUGUGAGUCAGAAUCGAUUCGAGGGCACCUAACAACAGUAAAAUACUUGGAAUAGGGAAGGUUCUGUGUUAUCAUGUAUCUGAUAACUUAGGUCGUUAUAGUCAAACUUAGGAGACUAGCUGGUUGCUCCUGUGUUGGAGAAAGUGGGGAAAGAAAAAGAUGAGCUCAGGGCUUCAAAUUCUUAGCUCAAGUGCUGCAUAAAUGACCUGAAAGUGUCUAUGACGUGAAAAAAACCGUUAUAUCCUGUAGCCUCAGAGCUGAGAUCGCUGGAAACCAAAACCAGAGUCUCAUCUGUAAGUGGCUGAAUUGCAGUGAAAGUUGAAUUCCUAACCUCACAGUGUCUGUUAUUAAAGUGAGGGCACUGAUUAGGAAGGAAUGAAAUCCUGAAAAUUAGAAUGGGGACAUAUGAGCAGAUCCUGAAGAAGCUGGGGACAUUGAAUACCUAGGCUCUGCUGAGUCCCCUGUGGUGUAGUGAAUUACUUCAUAUGGCCCUUGUAGCCACGCAUGGUCUUGUGAUUCCCAUGAACUGGGUGGGACUAUGCACAUAAGGUGCUUAUGGCCCACCAAGGGGAUUGGGCAGCGUGCUAAUAAUACAAAUAAGGUCCAUUGAACUCCUGCAGGGGUAGGACUAUGCGAAUAAGGUGGAUGGAACCCUAAUGAAGGGAUUGGUCAGUUUUGUCAUCCUGCUAGGCUUAAAGGAAGCCAACCCCAGAGACAGGAAAGGAGACAUCACUACUGUCAAGGAGAGCCAAGAGUGGAGUGCAUCCUUUGGACCCAAGGUCCCUGCAUCGAGAACCUCUUAGACCUAGGAGACAUCUGUAACACCAGAGAUGGCGAGGGGUGGCAAGCACAGCAGUCUAUUGUCAGAGAAACAGCAGCAGCAGAACCAGGAGACCGGUGCAAGACGGCACAGUGGGCUUCCCAGCCCACGCAGCAAGAGAGCUGAGUACCUUCUGGCAGAGGGCUUGCCGGUGGAGUGGGGUGCCUCUAGGCGCUUAUCAACGGAGCUAAAGAGUUUGAUAACACCUGCCUGAGCAGGGCAGAAGCCAGGGCUGAGAGGAGCCUGUCCUCACGUGGCAUGCACGGCAGAGAGAAGGGCCUGCCUGAGGGCAUGGCUGAGAAGCUGUCCUGACCAAAGAACUGCACUCCAAAUCCUUCCUGAUCCUCAGCUGUAACCUGUUACUUCCCAAACAGACCAGUGUGGCCAUCGCAGAGCUUUAUCAAACCCAGCAGAGAAGUAGAGAGCACCAUGGGAGGGGUGGCUGGUGUCAGCGUCAGUAUAAAAGAUUGAAGAGAAGAGUUAGCCUGACCUCCACCUCGUGGGCGUCUGCUCUGGGCUGGUGCUGACAAGGAUUCUCCUGUCUCACUCCCCUGAAGCCAGACAACGAGGUCUGAGGCCACUAUGCCAUUUUUCUAUCUUCUUUGCCAGUGACAGCAGCCCCUCCACCCGGCUGAGGAGAUUAACCUGGCUUCGCCUGAGGAAUCUGGAAUGGCUUCCCUCCCCAGAGGUAGUUGCCUUUCAAGACACCGCUGCUGAUUCUCCACCGCCCCUAACCACACGCAAGUUUCAGUAGGCCUCAAAAGAUGAGGUAUGAAAUCGAGCCACGAGGAGGUACGCUACUGUCCAAAAGAACUGGAUGAUUUUUCUACUUUAUACAGACAAGUCCAGGGAACAUUUGUUGAAGUGGAUAUGAGGAGUGGGCCUGCCAGGCCGCCUUAUAGAUUGCAGGGUUGCCAGUCCCCACAGUCACAUAAGCCAACUCCUAAUUCCUGAGUCAGAAGCCAAUGCAACGAGCUAACUGGUUCUGUUUCUCUGGAGAACCCUGUCUGAUAACGUAAGGCAACUAACCAGAACAGACAUUGUAACUCAUGACAGAACUCUGUCCCUAAAACAAAGCUUCAGAAGUAUGAAA